CUCAAUGAGCCAACCAUCGACUAUGGAUUCCAGAGGCUGCAGAAGGUCAUCCCCAGGCACCCGGGUGACCCUGAGAGGUUACCAAAGGUCAGUGUUAUGUCUCAUCUUCACAAAAACAGACAGAAAACACCACAUAGACACAACAAACCACACCAUACACACACCAAAGCUGCUAACCCAACAACAUCAUCAAAGACCAAGAAACAAAACAACAUCAAAAGAAGUUCAAACAUUUUAACCCAGUAGAAAUACGAUACACAAACACUCUGGUGCGUCCAUCUAGCAUUGAUUUGGGAUUUUAUUGGUUUAGUGAGAAGAGAGAGAGAGGGAGGCAGGUUGUGGUAAACUUUCUGUGUGGUAAAAUAGCUCAAUCAGACGUCUUUCCUCUCCAGUAGUCUGUGGAGAUUAUAAUCUACUGGUCGUCUGGGCCGUCAUUACCCCACUCAUGUUUUCCUUUCAUUCUACACAGCUCCAUUUGGUUUAAUCUGUUGUUUACAUGACUACGCUCGUAACCCCCCCCCCCCCCCCCCCCCCCCCCCGUUCUAGUGUGGCUAAUAAGGCCAGGGACACAUUAUAAUACGCUAGGUCUCACUGCUUUCUUUAGAACUCAUUACAGGUGUUGAAACUCUUGAUUUUCACAUUUUGGCAUAUUUCAACAUGAAAACAAAGCCACAUAUUUCAGCCAUUCUUUGAUUCCUUAGUAUUUCCAUUUUCUCUGAUAAAAUCUAUUACUGGGCUCAUCUGAUUGCACCCCUGCUAAUUCCAAUUGGGUAUAACUGGCAUUCCAGUUGCGUCAACUGUAAUAUUAUGACUGAUUCGUCUGCACAUAGCACUCCCUUGGCAUGCAGUAAAGUGGUGACCACCUCAGAGUUGUAAAAAUACCAGAAAGCCGUUUAAAACCUUAUCUGUUAAAGCCCAGCAUGCAACACUGCAAUAUCAUUAACGUCUAACGGACAAUUUAAUAAAGACCAGGCUGUGUGGCGUAUCAUGGUCCAAACACCCCAAGACAGUCGUGAAGAGGGCACGACAAAACCUAUUCCUCCUCAGGAGACUGAAAAGAUUUGGCAUGGGUCCUCAGAUCCUCAAAAAGUUAUACAGCUGCACCAUCGAGAGCAUCCUGACUGGUUGCAUCACUGGUAUGCCAACUGCUCGGCCUCCGACCGCAAGGCACUACAGAGGGUAGUGCGUACGGCCCAGUACAAAAUUGGGGCCAAGCUUCCUGCCAUCCAGGAUCUCUAUACCAGGCGGUGUCAGAGGAAGGCCCUAAAAAUUGUCAAAGACUCCAGCCACCCUAGUCAUAGACUGUUCUCUCUGCUACCGCAAAGCAAGCGGUACCGGAGUGCCAAGUCUAGGUCCAAAAGGCUUCUUAACAGCUUCUACCUCCAAGCCAUAAGACUCCUGAACAGCUAAUCAAAUGGCUACCCGGACUAUUUGCAUUUUCUUAAAACUGCAUUGUUGGUUAAGGGCUUGUAAGUAAGUAUUUCACUGUAAGGUCUACACCUUUUGUAUUCGGCGCAUGUGACAAAUACAAUUUUAUUUUAUUUGUAGUAUGGACACUGGGCCAAGUCAAUAGGAAGAUAUACGACAUUGCAGCCAGCAGUCUCUGGUGCACAAUAUGAAGUGUUUCAAUUAGUCUUUGGUCCCCGUUGAAAAACAACACCUGGACAUGAAAUGUAACUCUAAUUUCAACAGUACAUUUGUAAGACCAAAGGAAAGGUUCACAUAGCUUUUAUGGCUGUGAGUUAUGUCUGCACACUCAAUAAGAGCGGCAGGUAGCUUAGUGGUUAAGAGCGUUGUGCCAGUAACCGAAAGGUCGCUGGUUCUAAUCCCCGAGCCGACUAGGUGAGAAAAUCUGUCGAUGUGCCCUUGAGCAAGGCACUUAACCCUAAUUGCUCCUGUAAGUCGCUCUGGAUAAGAGUGUCUGCUAAAUGAUGUAAAUGUAAUUUAGUCAGUACAUUUCUGUAAAAUCUACAAUUUGAACAUAACAAGGAAUACAGUGAUGCAUACUUGUAUUACAGCAUCCAUUUUUUCUUCUUGGAGAACAAAAUGCCUUUUGGCGAUAAAACUAUCUUUCACUCAAAAUCUGAGAUGAGUUUCCUCAGUGUGCUUACUUACUUAAUAUAGCAGGAUCUCCCCCCAGCCCUCACAUGGCCCAAUCUUAGAGUGAGAUGAAAGCCUGCACUUCUAAUAAAUAAUAUACAUAUUUGAUUUGCUCUCUAAUGGACCCAAAUAUGGGGUUCAGGGGGCCAUGUAAAUGAUCCUACAGAGUGAUUCAUCAUUGUUAAGCUUGCCAUCUGAGGGUCGCCUCUCAGGGUCAACAGCACAUUCUCAGUAUAAGAGCCUCAGGCUAGCUAGCAUGUACAUUUUGAAUGAGAAGAGAUACGGCGUGAAGAGAACAGCCAUUAUGGGCUGCAGGUGUAGCGAAGAGACUCUAUAAAAAGUGUGCAUUAGCAGAAAGGCAAAUCGACACCGGCCCCCCUCCCUCAAUUACUUCACCCUCCAGUUGAUAAUAUUACGGCGCUAUUGAUUUCCACCAUCCUUUUCCCCAGGACCAGUAAGACACGUGGUAAUUGUGAGGAGACAGAAAGCCAAUAUAGGAGUGCUCAUGGAUUGCAAAGGAUGCACGCUAAUAUUGUUGCUACACCAAGGAAAAAAAGGGGGAAGUGUGCUCUGAUUGAAGUUUACCUUGUAAUUUUAAGACAACAUUGCAGAUGACAGACUGGCCCUAAGGGACGAGCAGCGAUAUAAAAAUCCAAUGCAGAGUCCAGAGUGAAUAUGAAAGUAACAAGUGUGAACAGUCAAGUGAUGCGAAAGGAGAUUGGUUUGUGGGCAUGGCGUUAAGUGAACAGAGACUUCGGAAUUCACCCUCCUUUUUAAAAUCUUGUUAUAAAACAAUUUUAGAUUCCUCCCAUAAAAAAAUACCAUUUAUAAUACCAUUUUGUGCCCUGUGGCAGUAAUGGACAAAUAGACUGGAUAUCACAUUAUACCACACUCAAUUUCUCCUUUCUUCUGUAACAAAUUAGAUUCAUUACAAAAUUAAAAGCAGAAACCCAAUAUUGUUUUAUUAUUACGUUGAUUGCAUUCGCUUCUCUUUUUUCUAAAUGAACACAAACCUAUUCUUUUCCAAUUCUUUGUGAAAUCCACAAGGAGAAAAUAAAUAUUACAAAUGUGUUCAUGUCAAGCAAUUAUCCAUGUAUUUAAAUGAAUGUCUAUUCUUGUGCUCUUUGAAGUACCUACAUCUAAUGGCCCUAUCCUUCUGAAUGUAUUCAUUACCUCAGGCUAGAGCUAACCCAGUAAUUGCCUUACAGUUUUAUAAUGGCAUUACCACUCCAAGCUACAUAACCUGGGCCCCCUUGUAUUAACUGUGAUAACAUAAAUACACAAUCUUAGCUAAUCUACCAUGUGGACAAUCACAUUUAGACAGGUUUUAGGCUACCGCGUAGAACAUGUAAUACCUGAAAAUUUGUAAUGCCUUUGUCAGGUAACAACAGAGCUAAUUUGUUGGUUUUAAUCGUGUCAAGAUCUUGGCUGAUCUGUGAUCAGUUGUUGAACAUGUGUAAAACAUGUGUAGAACAAGGAAUACCAGAAAAGCUGUCAUGCCUCUGUCACAAAACAAGAGAUCAUCUAUGGGCUUUAAUUGUUUUCAAUUUAACAUGGUGUUCUGAUAUGUCUGUCUCCAUGACAAGAAAGCCAAUUACAUUUUAUGCUGAAGCAGUAUCCAGAUUUACAUGGAAAUGCCCUCAGAACACCAUUCGGUGCUAAUCGUAUUCACAGUGUGAGCCGAUACGCGUGAAAGUGUCUCGUCGGAAAACAAAACAAACUCCUUGGUUGAUUGGGUAUCACACUUCCCAUCAUCCUGGGAUAUGACUAGGCUACCACUUAAGCAUAGCCCUACGAGUGAGCUUGGUUAGUUAAGACGCCACGCGGUAAACGACAGAUUAAGGAUGAGAGGUAAUAUCGUUUUCUCUCUUUUUUCCAAGCUGUCCUUAUGUUGCUGCUGCAAAGUGCCAUAUGGACAAGGAUGGAGAGGAGGUUUUCAGAGAAUGAAACAUGGCUUGCGAACGUGACAGUCUUAAUUGCUUUAAUUGUUGUUUGAAAUUGAGAGGCAUGUAGAAGAUCUUCAAAUAUGAUAGAAUAGAUUAUUGGUAAUUAUUAACUGCAGGAAAAAGGAAAGAAAAAACACUUUGUCUCACUCAUCGAGCAAGAGAGGAAUCUGUUCUGCCUGAUGAGAACACAUAAAGACAGCUGGUCCUCUCAUUUAGUGAACCUGGCUCAUGACAACCAUAAUUCUUUAUUUGUAUGCAAACUAGAUGCAUGCAACGUUGAGCAUACACACCAAUUUCAGAGGUAAAUGCCCAUUUUAAAGAGAGCCACCCGUCCGGUAACUUGGUGGAUUAAACUCUAUGUUUCUAUAAGAGCAUGGCACAUGCUAGAAGCUUCUACAACGUUUUUAUCUUGAUAAAUCAAGGACUUCAGGAAGAUAUGGCUCUUCGGGAUGAAAGGAGGCGCAUACACACUCCAUACACACUCCAUACGCGCUGCCUUGGAAACGCAGGCCAAGUCUUGGAGGCCGCUGUUUGAAGGCGCGAUGGCUGUGUUUACAUUCAUUUACGGCAGCUGCCGUCUUAAUCCCAGAUUGCUAUUGCCAAGUGAUGGAACACUUCACACAAAUUACUGAGGCCCGCGAAGGAAAACACGCAAUGUGGGAAGAAAACAAGCGCCAUCUGAGAUGUUUCUAGUGACAGAUUUGCAUCGCUUUUAACCGAGGUUCUGACGGAAAGUCAACAUACUGCUGCAAUACAGCAGGUGACAGUAAACAAGCGUUCAAAUAAAACACCACAGCAAUAGCUCAAGCAUUUCUUUGUGCGAAUAAAUGCUCUUAAAUGGAGGAGAUGGUUUUCCUAACAUAUUGCUUGGAGCAUCACACUAAACAAAGCAGUGCCGUGCUCCAUGAAGGAUUUCAUUAAGUGCUCAAUUCAAAGAGCAGAUAAAAGCACACUAACACGCUCUAUUCUGAAGUAGAGCAGGGAAUAGGAUCCAGGGCCAACUCAUUCUCAGUGUUAAGAGCCAAAGCAACAUUGCUAAUCCUUAUUGUGAAGCAGGGACAAGCAUGCAGACAUGGAUAAGACUACAUUCCAUGCAUCCAUGUCCCCGAGGCACAAGCACCCAGCUCUCGCUGGAUGGGAAGUCAUUUGUGAAGUCCUUUACAACAGCCAGUCGAAGAGGUUAAUUGAAAAAUGUCUUAAUGUCAUUACGGGAGAACUAGAUUAACCCAAGCUAAUUCACUUUAUUGUUCUGAAGAAAGGAGACUCCAGUGCUGAACUCUUGUGCAAACGCGAGGCCAGAAUUAGAGGGUGAGGUGUUGUUUUUAAGGCCUACGCUGGUUUAAUUAAGAGAUGGGACAUUAUUCAUUGUUCCCAGUGGUUCUGGGAAGGGUUGGUGGCCUUAUGCAGUGUUGGUGCCUCUCAAUACAGGGUCACUUUUAUUUACCCACCUAACAAAUACCUCUUAUUGUAUGUGUAAAAUAAAUGACUCUUAUUGUUACAUUACAUGUCAUGGUGUUUGUUGAACAGUAUCAUUGAACAUAAUAAUAAUGUCUGUGUUUCCAAUUUUUUUCAUCAGGAGGUAUUGCUGAAGAGAGCAGCUGACCUUGUUGAAGCAUUGUAUGGGAUGCCCCACAAUAACCAGGUAUGCAGACCGACAGACAUACACACGUCUUUCGCUACCAUAAUGGAUGACUGAGGGAGAGCAGCUCAAUAACUCUUAACUUCUCCCUCCAUGUUUCACAGGAGAUCAUUCUGAAGAGGGCAGCGGACAUAGCAGAGGCCCUGUACAGCGUUCCCCGUAACCACAACCAGAUCCCCUCCCUCGCCAACACAGCCUCCCACGGCAUGAUGGGAGUCAACUCCUUCAGCAGCCAGCUAGCCGUCAACGUGUCCGAGUCACAGGGAAAUGACCAGGGUAGGUGGAAAUUAUGCUUAGUGGUCAAGAAUUACUCACAGUCAGCUAAGUAAGUCAUGAAUGAAAGAAUGAAUGAAUCCUAUAGACCUCGAAUCACCCCAUCCUCCUCUUCUUCCUCCUCGGUAGGCUACAGCCGGAACACCAGCAGUGUGUCUCCACGAGGGUACAUCACCAGCAGCACCCCACAGCAGUCCAGCUACAACACUGUCAGUAACAGUAUGAAUGGCUACGGGAACUCUGGCAUGUCCAACCUGGGAGUUUCCAGCUCCCCUGGGUUCCUCAACGGAUCCUCUGCCAACUCUCCAUAUGGAAGUGAGUAGAGCUGCCAUCUCAGACCUGUUCAGGAGGGAGCAAAGUUACACAAUGUUCAGAUAGAAAAGUAUUGUGUAGGGCAGUUAUACUCGUCUGUCAGGUAGAGAAUCUGAAUCAUGUUAGACUCUAUUCUUUACAUUUCUAUAGGCAAUGUUCUGAAUGUUUCACCUCACUAAAUACAGCCCAGUUUAGUCCGAUAGCAUGUUCUUACCCCCCCCACCCCCCCCCCCCCCCCCCACCCCCAAUAUCUUGUCUGCAGUUAAACAAAAGAGCGCCUUCGCCCCUGUGGUCCGACCCCAGGCCUCCCCACCCCCUUCCUGCACCAACGCAAAUGGCAACGGACUGCAAGGUGAGCCCCCCUCACCCCCUCAUCCCUUCCCUUCGGACUACUGGGCAGAUACCGCGGCUCAUGCCUCUGUCCGGUUUGGUGAGGGACUAAUCAUUACAAAUAUGCAUUUUAACAGGCUGCAAUUCAUUAUUUACACCUUUUGAGUUUACAUUCAAAUACACAAGCAAGCAUGAGUGCACACACGUACACACACACAUACACACACACGUACACACACACACUCACACAAGCAAACACACGCACAUAAGCAGACAUGCAAACACACCACACACACAACCCAUCCAGUAUAGCAAAUGAUAUAUUCCAAGGUCUAAGGGCAACACCUUCCCAGAAUUGUUUUAGUAAUUAUGUUUAUUAGGUUUUGUGUGUCUGUCAUGACCAACAUGAUUGCUUUGAAAACAAGCUUAGCCGUAGCGUGCGCCCCAAGAUUAAUAACAUUGAGCUUAAUGAAGUGGGAAAUUAAAGUUCAUCUUGCUACACGAUCAUACUUAUUAAUACAUGUUGUGCAGAAAUUAAUGAGCAAUGCCUUGCCAUCAUCUGUGCUGGCAAACUUAAAAGCAUUCCAACCAUGACACUAUGACUUUUCAUCCUGGCAUUUUACUAGCCACCUAAUUGUUCAGAAUGUGUGAAAUACUGAGUAUAUCAACUCUCUGUAAAAGCUAAAGUUUCUAAUGAUAUCCUAGCAGAUGGUCUGGGUAAAAGAAUGGAAACUACCUUUGAUCUCUGUCGAAGCUUGUGGAUAAUGAUUUUGAAAUAGGAGUAGUGUAGUGACUGUGGAAAUAGGAGUGUAAUGCAGUGGCUCCAUCCUCAGUAUGGAGUCUGAGGGGAGUCCGCUGAGUCUGAGGGGAGUCAGGUGAGUCUGAGGGGAGUCAGCUGAGUCUGAGGGGAGUCAGGUGAGUCUGAGGGGAGUCAGCUGAGUCUGAGGGGAGUCACCUGAGUCUGAGGGGAGUCACCUGAGUCUGAGGGGAGUCACCUGAGUCUGAGGGGAGUCAGCUGAGUCUGAGGGGAGUCACCUGAGUCUGAGGGGAGUCACCUGAGUCUGAGGGGAGUCAGGUGAGUCUGAGGGGAGUCACCUGAGUCUGAGGGGAGUCAGCUGAGUCUGAGGGGAGUCACCUGAGUCUGAGGGGAGUCACCUGAGUCUGAGGGGAGUCAGUUGAGUCUGAGGGGAGUCAGCUGAGUCUGAGGGGAGUCAGCUGAGUCCUUAAGUGACAAAGGUGGGGGUUGUAGCACAGCAUUGUGGGUAGUGGCCGUGUUGUUGUUCCAUGGUCGGCAGGGCCGUUUCUCCUUGGAGUCUGGUUCACUGUUUGCCAUUACCUCAACACCAGGAGGAAUAUCACACGGAGCCACGCUGGCCUAGUGGGGCCUGAAAUGUCAGAGCAAGAGGGAGGCUUUUAAAACUAUCGUGUUAGAGGUUUGCACUCAGACAUGCACAGACACACCACACAUACAUACACACUCACGCAUCACACAGGCGCACAUGCACACAUACACACAGUCUCACUUACAACAUCAUAACUUAACAUUUGUUUUAAAGUUCCUUGAUGUAAAUAGCUAAAUGUUUUGCUUAUCCAAUUUAAUACAUUGGAAAGGAUGAAUGUGCUAAAUGCAAUUUCUCUCUCUCUGUCUUUUCCAGCUAUGUCCGGUCUGGUUGUACCUCCAAUG